AUCCAUACCCUAAUACUCGAUUCUGGGACGCCGACGUGAUCGGCGCCGAGGACCUAGAGAACUAUCGCGUUGGAGGCUAUUUCCCAAUCGCCCUCCAGUCAACGCUAUGCAACGGCCGCUACAAAGUUCUCCACAAGCUCAGCGGCGGCUCAUCCACACGCGUGACCUCCAAGAUGGGGUAUUGUUGCUAUCAAAGUCCUCGGGCCAGACUGGCGAGAGACCGUGAACAACGAGCUCUUCAUGGUCGAGCGACUGGGAUCCUUUCCAACCGAUACGGCCGCGCUGCAGCAUUCACGUCUCCCGUUAUCCACCUUUCUCGAAGCGAGCCCGAAUGGGGAGCAUACUUGUCUCGUCCAGCCCCCGAUGGGUCCAGUCUCAAACCAAAUGUUACAUCGUGGUGGAUGGAGGAAGGGUCAUUUCGAGUGAGAGCCACACGAGUACCUGUUCUGGCCCGGCAAGCGGCUGGGGUUCUCCGCCUGCUUCACCGGAUGAGAAUCGCGCUUCAUGACAUCACGCUCUCCAAGUGGGCAUUCCCUCUCCCUGAAUCCGUGCGAACAUGGAUCGAUGAGGAGGUGUCCCGUGUCCUUGGAUCCCCGGACGUGGCGCCAGUGAGCAUGGUGGAUGGUUCCGAACCGGGCCCACAUGCACCAGCCGAGGUGGUAGCACCCACAGACAUGUCGGGUCUCGCAAAGGCAUUGAAAGAGUCAAUCGUGUGCAUUGAUGUCGGAGAUGCAGUACAGCUUGAUGAAGGCUCUCUUCAAAGGCAUCCCACCGUCUCGAUUCACUAUCAGGCCCCCGAGGCAAUUCUUGAAAGCCAACUGAGCCUGGCCUCGGACAUAUGUGGCUACCCCCUUAUCGAACCUAUCCUGGCCAAUGAGCAAGAUGUUCUGCGGCAGAUGGAGAUACUCCUCGCCAAGCCUCCCGGUUCCUUUCGAUCACGAUUGAUCGACCACAAUGCAGUGCCGUAUCCAGCCAGGAAUACUCAAAAUUGGGCUGAGCUGGAGAGACACCUGCGGGGUGUUGGCAAUCGAGACGAGUCUAGGGCUUCUAUGUAUGUGGAUGCGGAUAGAUUACCGAUAUUGGCCCGCUUGGAUACUCGACUUACCGAGGAAGACGUGCAGACUUGGAAAACGCUGCUGUCAAAGAUGCUGGCCUGUAUACCAGAUGAACGGCCCGAUAUCGACAUGGUCUGUGCGUGGCUUGAGAAGCCUGGCGAAAUAAUCAUGUCUGAUUAA